AUGAAGAAAACGUCUGCUAUGGUUGCGGCAUUUUCUACUGCCCUAGCCGCUACAUUUGGUAGCUCCAUUGCUGUCGGCGCUCAAGAUGCCAUCACCGCUCAAUUCGAUAUUGCCUCUUCUAAAGGAACCCUGAUUGUAGCAUUAUAUCUCAUAGGCUGUUCAAUCGGACCUUUCCUUUACGCACCCAUUGGAGAAAUCUACGGCCGGAAACUAGCAAUAGGCGGAGGACACUCACUCAUGCUAGUCUUUGCUAUAGCUUCUGCUGUCGCGCCCAGUUGGAAUUCCCUGCUAGUCUUCCGCUUCUUCGCAGGUAUGGGAUCCGCCGCCCCGAUGACGGUUUCUGCCGGCAUCGUGGCUGAUAUAUUCCCCAAGCCAGUUACCCGCGGCUACAUCGUUAGUUGCCUGAUGGCCGCUACGACAAUUGGUUCCCUUGUAGCCUCUGUUGUAUCACUACAGGUUAUGGCAAAGUGGCGCGACUCCUGGCGCAUCUGCUUCUGGAUUCAAACGGCUGUGACUGGGUUGUCUUGGUUGACCUUAUUCACUAUGCCCGAGACGAAUCCUGAUUCGGUCUUCGUAUCAGGCGCAAACCACAACUAUACUAUGUCAAUUUCGCUCCAAAGGUUCCUUCUACCAUUUCGGAUGGCCUUUUUUGAGCCCAUAGUAUUCACCAUUUGCAUGUUCCUGAGUCUCGAAUAUUCAAUCUUCUAUCUUUUUUUCCAGCUAAUUCCGCCUUUAUUCAUCGAGCUGGGAUAUGUGAAAGAUCAGGAAUCCGGCCUACUAUUUGUUCCAUUCAUCGUCGGAACAAUUAUCGCUUGCAUUGGAUAUAUCAUGAUUGAUACACCCCUGCAACGUGUUGCAGCACGGAGUAUGCAGACAUUAGUCAAUGCGGAGCGUCGUCGGCUUCCACCAGCCUAUCUAGGAGGCUUUCUAAUUGUUCUAUCCCUGUUUCUCAUCGGGUACUCCACAGCCCGGAGAGCGCAUUUUGCAUAUGCUCUCAUUCUCGAGGGUGUCUUUGGCUUGGGCUUUCUCUUGAUCUUUAUCGGGCUUACGGUCUACAUUGUGGACGCUUACCAGACUUUAUCUUCAUCCGCACUUGCAUCCUCUUUCUUUAUUCGAAACAUCAUGGGCGCUAGUUUGCCAUUCGCAGAGGAGCCCAUGAUACGUAACUUAGGCGGAAAAUGGUCGUUCUACAUCCUUGGACUUGUCAGUCUUCUGUUGGCGUUUGUAAUAUGUGGAUUCCACUUUUAUGGGCCCUGGCUACGGAAGCGAAGCCCGCUGUGUCAAGAUUCUUGA